GGCGGCUCGCUGUCGUGGGGGUGCGGAGCGCCAAAGGGAUUGUGGGAGAAAGGUUCAGUCUUUUCCGUCAGGCGGCAGCCAUCAGGGUGAGCCGACAUGGGCGCCUACAAGUACAUCCAGGAGCUGUGGAGGAAGAAGCAGUCGGACGUGAUGCGCUUCCUGCUGCGGGUGCGCUGCUGGCAGUACCGCCAGCUCUCGGCGCUGCACCGCGCCCCGCGCCCCACCCGGCCCGACAAGGCGCGCAGGCUGGGCUACAAGGCCAAACAAGGCUAUGUCAUAUACCGGAUCCGUGUGCGCCGCGGGGGCCGCAAACGCCCAGUUCCUAAAGGUGCCACCUACGGCAAGCCUGUGCACCAUGGUGUCAACCAGCUCAAGUUCGCUCGAAGCCUGCAGUCGGUUGCGGAGGAGCGCGCUGGCCGCCACUGUGGGGCCCUGAGGGUCCUGAAUUCCUACUGGGUUGGUGAAGAUUCUACGUACAAAUUCUUUGAGGUUAUUCUCAUUGAUCCAUUCCAUAAAGCUAUCAGAAGAAACCCUGACACCCAGUGGAUCACCAGACCAGUUCACAAGCACAGGGAGAUGCGGGGGCUGACGUCUGCGGGCAGAAAGAGCCGCGGCCUGGGCAAGGGCCACAAGUUCCACCACACUAUCGGUGGCUCUCGCCGAGCAGCGUGGAGAAGGCGCAAUACUCUCCAGCUCCACCGCUACCGCUAAUACACGUGAUGUCUGUAAAGUUCUUACCUAAUAAACAAUUUAGGACGUU